AUGUCCAACCCUAACGACAAGCCCCUCCCCUUCGUCUACCAGUUCGCCGCAGGCGCCAUUGCUGGUGUCUCGGAGAUUCUGGUGAUGUACCCUCUUGACGUUGUCAAGACCCGAGUCCAAUUGCAAACUGGUUCCGGUGCUACCGCUGAGUACAAUGGCAUGCUUGACUGUUUCCGCAAGAUCAUAAAGCAGGAGGGUUUCUCACGACUCUACCGCGGUAUUUCCGCUCCCAUCCUCAUGGAGGCUCCCAAGCGUGCUACCAAGUUCGCUGCCAACGAUGAAUGGGGCAAGGUUUACCGAAAGAUGUUUGGCGUCGAUAAGAUGAACCAGCAGCUCUCCAUCCUCACCGGUGCCUCUGCUGGUGCUACCGAGGCUUUCGUCGUCGUUCCCUUCGAGCUCGUCAAGAUUCGUCUUCAGGACAAGGCUUCCGCUGGAAAGUACAACGGCAUGGUCGAUUGUGUCGUCAAGACUGUCAAGAACGAGGGUCCUCUUACUCUUUACCAGGGUCUUGAGAGUACUAUGUGGCGUCACAUCCUCUGGAACGCUGGUUACUUCGGCUGCAUUUUCCAGGUCCGACAACUUCUCCCUAAGGCUGAGAGCAAGAGGGCUCAGGUCACCAACGAUCUCAUCUCUGGUGCCAUUGGUGGUACCAUCGGAACUGUUCUCAACACUCCCCUGGAUGUUGUCAAGAGUCGGAUUCAGAACACCCCCAAGGUCCCUGGUCAGGUUCCCAAGUACAACUGGGCCUUCCCGGCCGUAGGAACCGUUUUCAAGGAGGAGGGUUUCGGCGCUCUCUACAAGGGUUUCUUGCCUAAGGUUCUCCGUUUGGGUCCCGGAGGUGGUAUCCUCCUGGUGGUAUUCACAACUGUUAUGGAUACCUUCCGCAGCUGGCACUACCCUGCCACUGCUGAGCUCAAGAACUAA